AUGCCUCUCGCCAGCCAUCCUAGCCAGGUCUCGGCUUUGCCCUCAACCGCCCCGGUCCACGAAUACAUCUGCCUAUUUACUCCUGACUUGAAGCGCAAACAGAAGCGAUGGCAAGAUGGACGCCUCAAGUUUCACACCUUCAACAAGCGCAUCAUGGUGUACGAUGAGAGGGGAAAUUUCAUUGGCGACAUGCACUGGCGCGAGGACUUCGAUUUUUGUCAGGGCGAGGAGUUCAAUCUGGAGCGCGGUGCUGUCAUUGUCCAGGUUGCCGAAUGUAUUGGAACCAAGGAUCAAGAUCUUUCCGAACUCCUCGACAAGAGAGCCAAAGAAGUUGAUCAGCGACAUGCCCGCUCCUCCGCUUCCGCUAUCAGUUCCCCUAUGGCUUCUGCUCGCCCGUCGCUUGUUUCUCGACAGCAGCCGCAGCCGCAGCCGCAGCAGAUGCAACAGCAACUACAACAUCCACCGCAUGGCCAAUUCCGGCAAAAACACUUGGCCGACCUCUUCAACACCCCACGCGGACCUCAAGGUAGAGCUGUCAUACCCAAGACGUCUCCCUACGAAGAGCGCGUUGCCGCUCAAGCCUCAAGUCCUCAUGACGAGAAUCAACGGCCAGCAAAGAGGAGGAAAAGAGACGUGUCACCCCCGAGCAAGGCAGGCUAUGCCCAGAAUCUAUUUGGUACAGCAUUGACGCUGUCCUCGUGGUCUGCGAGCGCCCCAGUCCGCAGCCAGCCAUUGAUCACGCCCAUCAGCCAAGGUUUCCGCCCGAGUCCCCCUUGUCGAGAUCCAAAAGCCUCCUCUUCACGACCUGCCGCUGUGGUGGACCUUACGGACGGUUCACAGAUUCCUUCGGUAGCAUGCCAAAUCUCCGACGAACUCCCGAAGAGCAUCGCAAAGAGAAUGCCGACAGCUGACGUCAAUUCGGUUCCAAAGCCGUCCACGAUAACGGAGAAGCGCAAGCCAACGUCGCGAUCUGCCCGAAAAUCACAGGAUGUAGAGGAGACACUGGACUCAAGCGACCAGCGGGCGCCAAGCAACGCUUAUACCAACAACCGGUCGCGUUUGCCAGAUCCUCCCCAAGACGAUAGGGAUCAGACCCGCCAGCCCGGGUUGACUCGCAGCUCUACCAACGAGGACGUCAUCGAAAAGAGCCAAAGGCAAGACUUCGAAUCAAAGCACGACAGAGACGAGGACUUCUGA